AUGUUCUCAGGAAACACCGACGGGUUCGACGUGUUCGACGAAGACAACCGCGAAGACUUUUCACACCUCACCUCAUCCACGACACCACCAACAACAACACGCCGGCAGCAUGCUGCUCCAGCUUUAACGAACGGAAAGCUCACCGAUAGACAGCGGCGAGAUAUGGAGGUCCAUAUGCAAGACCCAGACAACAAAAACAACAGCGACAACAGCCAGAGCUGGACCCAGCCACAAGAUGAUGUUGACAUGGAUACCAACACCGAAGGACUGCUCGUGAAGGCUAAUGAGAUCGCCCCAACCUUCACCGACGAGUUUGAGGAGGACUUGCAGCGCGAAGUUGCUUACGCACCAGGAUUGAUGGCCGCCACCGAAGGAGAAAACGUCAUCCUCAGUCACCAGGUCCGGCAUCAAGUGGCACUUCCACCAGACUGGAACUACACGCCAAUAUCUCAGCACGUACCCAGGAACCCUCCAGCAAAAACAUACCCAUUCACUCUGGAUCCUUUCCAAAAACUGGCAACAUACUCGAUUGAACGCGGCGAGUCGGUUCUUGUUUCAGCCCAUACCUCAGCAGGAAAGACUGUCGUGGCAGAGUUUGCGAUCGCGACAAGUCUCCAGAAUAAGCAACGAGUCAUCUACACAAGUCCAAUCAAGGCACUGAGUAACCAAAAGUAUCGGGAGCUGCUCGAAGAGUUCAAGGAUGUCGGACUUAUGACAGGAGAUGUUACUAUCAACCCGUCGGCGUCGUGUUUGGUCAUGACAACAGAGAUUUUGAGGGGAAUGCUCUAUCAUGGAUCGGAGGUGAUGCGUGAGGUUGCUUGGGUUAUCUUUGACGAGAUUCACUACAUGAGAGAUGCAGAGCGCGGAGUAGUGUGGGAGGAGACGAUUAUUAUGUUACCGGCGCAGUGUCACUACGUCUUCCUGUCGGCGACUAUCCCCAACGCGAUGGAGUUUGCAGAGUGGGUGUGCAGGAACAAGGAGCAACCCUGCCAUGUCGUGUACACCGAUUUCCGACCUACCCCACUUCAACACUACUUGUUCCCCAGUGGAGGCGAAGGCAUUUACCUUGUGGUAGACGAGAAGGGACAGUUUCGCGAGGACAACUUUAAUCAGGCACUGGCGGCGAUCGUAGAAGGCAACCCAAAGAAUGGCAAGAAGUCAAAGUCGGGACCGAAUAACCACAACAACAAGGUCAAGGGCGCUGGCAAAAAGGACAUGUCCACAGACGGACCGUCAGAUAUCUACAAGAUUGUCAAGAUGAUUCAGGCCAAGAACCUGUACCCGGUCAUCGUGUUCAGCUUCAGCAAGCGGGAGUGCGAGGCGUUGGCGCUUCAGAUGUCGAACCUGGGAUUCAACAGUGACAAAGAAGGAAAACUGGUCUUGCAGGUCUUCAACAACGCCAUCAGCUCGCUCCCGGAGUGUGACCGGACACUUCCUCAGAUCAUGCAUCUUCUACCUCUGCUGCAGCGCGGUAUCGGGAUCCAUCACGGAGGACUGCUGCCGAUUCUCAAGGAGGUCAUCGAGAUUCUGUUCCAGGAAGGAUUGGUCAAGGUUCUCUUUGCGACAGAGACCUUUUCGAUCGGACUCAACAUGCCCGCCAAGGCUGUCAUCUUUACAGGGGUUCAAAAGUUUGAUGGCGAGAAGAUUCGGUGGGUGUCCGGAGGAGAGUACAUCCAGAUGUCAGGACGAGCAGGGCGACGUGGUCUUGAUGACCGUGGGGUUGUCAUUAUGAUGCUGGAUCAAAAGAUGGAACCUGCAGUGGCGCAGGGGAUGGUCCUUGGUACGACAGACCCUUUGAACUCGGCGUUCUAUCUGUCGUACCACAUGAUCCUGAAUCUGAUGAGGAUCGAGGGGAUCAGUCCAGAGUUCAUGUUGGAGCGGUGCUUCUACCAGUUCCAAACCGCAGGCAACAUCCCAAGAAUCAAGCAAGAUCUUUUGAAGUGGCAGACAGUCGUAACCAAGAUCCAGUUCACGCCUGUAGAGGAAUCGUCGCUGGAACAAUACCACGACCUCAGGGUCCAGCUCGCGACAUGUGCCAAGGAGAUCCGAUCUAUUAUUUACAACCCUCAGCACUCGCUCCAAUACCUGCAGAGCGGAAGAGUCGUGAAUAUUGCUUUCGAUAAGCAGCCGGUCGGAUGGGGCGUCUUGACGGGAUGCCAUAAGGCAAGGCCAGGGCCAGGCAAGAAGGCAGCCGACUCUGCUGACGGCAACAAACCCGGGGCCUCGUUCAUUCUGGAUAUUCUUCUCGCGUUUCCUCGGGACACCAAAUUUGAGUAUGGCUCUGGCGGAAUUGUAACAGGAAUCGAAGAGUCACAAAAGGGCAAGAUGGUGGCACAGCCGACAGAGUUUGCAGCUAUGAAGGUGUCAUUGGAUUCUGUGCGGUAUAUCGGCGCACCACUGAUUUCUCUUCCCAAGGAUAUCCGUACGAGUCCUGGAUCGCGCGCCAAUGCGUUCAGAGCUCUUCUCGAGCUCCAACGGCGGUGUCCAGACGGGAUCCCGAUUCUUGACCCAGUGGAGGACAUGGGCAUUCGGAGUCCAGCGCUUCAGCGCGUCAUCCGCCAAGUUGAGACACUUGAGGAGUUGCUCUACAAGCACCCCAUGGCGAACCUGCAAGCAGGAAACAACCAAGCCAUGUAUGAGCAGUUCCUCGCGAGGAGUGAGGCGAAGGCCAAGAUCAGGUCGCUCAAGGCUACACUCAGCAAGGCCGUGGCGGUUACCCAGAUGACGGAGCUGAAGGAUCGGAAGCGAGUCCUCCGGCGAUUGGAGUUCACGACAGCAUCCGACGUGGCUGUGGUUAAGGGUCGAGUUGCUUGUGAGAUCAACUCAGGAGAUGGGUUACUGUUGACCGAGCUGAUUUUCAACGGAACGUUCCGCGAGUUGACGGUAGAGCAGACGGUGGCGCUGAUGAGCUGUUUCUGCUUUUUUGAGAAGCUGGACGCACCCCCUGCCAAGCUGAAGGAGGUUCUAUCGGUGCCGUUCAAGAUGUUGCAGGAGAGCGCGAGAGCCAUAGCCAGGGUGGAAGUGGAGUGCAAUAUCCCUAACGUGGACGUGGACGUGUAUGUGCAAAAGUUCAAGCCCGACAUGAUGGACGUCGCCUUCGCCUGGGCCAAUGGUGCCUCGUUUGAAGAGAUUAAUACGAUGACUGAUGCGUUUGAAGGAUCGAUUAUCAGGAUGUUCAGGCUGUUAGACGAGCUGAUGAGACAGAUGGCGGCAGCCUGCAAGUCCCUCGGCAACGAAGAGCUGGAGAAGAAGUUCCUGGAUGGGAUCAAGAGUAUCAAGCGCGGCGUUAUUUUUGCAGCGUCGUUGUACCUCUUCUAA